AUGAUUUACUCGCUUCUGUUCUGCUCUGUUGCAUUUGCCAUCAUUUUGGGGACUUCCAAGUUGUCCUACGAAGAUCCUGCUCACUCCAGCGCUGCUAAUACCUCAGUUGCUUUCAUCUACCUCUUUGGCAUUGUGUUUUCUUUUGGUUGGACGCCGCUGCAAAGUAUGUAUAUCGCCGAGACGCUGACGACCAAUACCUUUGCCAAGGGCAUUGCAGUUAGAAAUUUAUUGUCUAACAUCAGCGGUGCGGUUAUUCAACGCAGCUCUGGACCUGCGUUUGAGAAGCUCAAAUAUUACUUCUACGCUGUGUUUAUUGCGUGGGACCUUAUUGAAAUGGUCGUAAUCGACUUCUGGUUCCCGGAGACAAAAGAGCGAACCCUUGAAGUGCUGGAAGAGGUCUUCUCUGCUCCAAAUCCUGUGAAGAAGAGUUUGGAGCGACGUGACAUUAGCACAGUGUAA